AUGAGAAGAUUUCCUUCGUCAUCUUCCGUUCGCUUGCUCUCACUACAAGGACUGUUACAGUCUUGUUCGGCGACAACUCAGAAUGGAGGUCUAGUGGCCUUCGGAUUUCGAAAUUUUGCACCAACAACAAGAAGUAAUAAUAGUAGAGGAAAAACAUAUUUAUUGAAUUAUUCAAACAACAGCAAAAGAAAUGAAUGGAAGGAUUUGACUAGCUCCAUCUCGGAAUUUGAUGAUUUUAAAUGUUUCAGCACCAUGGUUAACAAGACAAUGACAAUCUCUAAACACGCAGAGGAUAUUUCUGUUAGCGGAAAAACUCCUAUGGAGGUUUAUAAAGAAAUGGUUCGAAAUGGGACUGUGAGUGAGGAUCCCAGACAAAUUGAGUUGUUAAAGAAAUUAACCCAUCUUUACGAAAAAUUGUUGAAUUAUGACAUAAAACAGACUAGGGCUAUUAUUCAUAGCUACAUUGGAACGUCAUCAAGUUCCAAGUCGUCAUCAUCGAUGAAUGCUCCCUCUACAACCUCAUCGAAAAAUAUUGCCUUUGAUUAUAAGGCAAUUUCGAAAGAGAUCAAACCUCACCCUCCAGGAUUGCCAAAGUCUCUUUAUAUUUACGGAGAUGUUGGUUGUGGUAAGACAUUCCUGAUGGAUAUGUUUUUCAAAUGCGUUCCUUUGCAGAAGAAACUUAGAGUCCACUUUAACAGUUUCAUGAUCGAUUUUCACACAAGAAUGCAUCAGCUUAAUCGAAAAAACAAGGACGGAAAUGCCAAUAUGGAAAAAUUGAUGGAUGAAAUUUCAGAAAAUUAUCAUUUGAUUUGUUUUGAUGAAUUUCAAGUGACUGAUAUUGCAGAUGCUAUGAUUUUAAAAAGGUUGUUUGAAGGGCUUCUUAAUAGGGGAGUUGUUGUUGUGAAAACAUCAAACAGAAUGCCAGAUAAUUUAUACGAAAAUGGUAUUAAUAGAGAAGCGUUUUUGCCAUUCAUUGAUGUCGUAAAGAUGAAGUAUGACAUUUUCGACAUGGAGGCUGUUUGUGACUACCGACUUUCAAGUGGAAACAAGCAAACCAAUGUUUAUUACACACCUCACAAUAAGGAGACUGAAAAGUUUUUAGAAGAUUUGUUCAAAAAGCUCACUUAUCCUCAUGAUGCUGAGCCUCGACCUAUCAUGGUGAUGAAUCGUGUGCUGGUCAUACCAAGAGCCGCAAGAGGUGUGGCAUUUUGCACUUUUGACUUCCUUUGUAAGCAACCAAAGAGUGCCGUCGACUAUAUUGGCAUUUGUAAAGAAUUUCACACACUAAUUGUUUCUGGAAUUCCAGUUUUUAAUAAGGACAAUCGUGACGCUCUCAGAAGGUUUAUCACACUUGUUGAUGAAUUAUAUCAACAUCGUGUGAAAUUGAUUUGCAGUGCAGAGAAACCUGUAGAUCAGCUUCUAGAUUUCGAUAACACAAAUGACGAGAUCAGAAACCGAGGAGUCGAAGAGGCCUACAAUUUCAACAAAAGUCACACAGAAAAUUAUGAUGAAGUUUUUGCCUUCCCUAGAACCAUUUCUCGAUUAAUGGAAAUGAGAAAUAAGGAAUAUUUAAUGUCGCAUCACGUCUCCAUUCCAUCGGACAAGAAUAUACAUGAAAUUGUAAAAUAA